CAGACGCUGCCGGCCGAGCCAGUGUGGACUGUAUACUCCACGUUUACAACUCUGCAUUUGUUCUCCACCGCUCCGCUGUACCCGAGUUUGGUCCAAGGGGAAUUUUGAACGAGAAGCACUCUCAAACGCGGUGUCUUUUUGUGUCAGUUGUAGGCUCCAUGUCUACAGUCAAUUUGCCUGUGGUCUCUGCCAAAACUCGUAGUAGUCCAUUCUUCCAAAUGCCUCGCCUGCCAGUCUCGCUUUGCAUGUGGGCAUAGCCGAUUGUUCCAGCCUGCGUCCCGGUGGUUUACGGGAAGGAAAAAAAAACCUGCACAGGGAUUUUUAAAAACAAAUCAUUUAUAAAUUCAUCUUUCUAUUUUGGACGCGCGUCUACUGUGGGGUUUUUUUUUUUGUCACAAUGGCUGAUGCCAAUGCAGAGUGCAACAUCAGGGUGUUGUGUCGAUUUCGUCCACUGAACAAGUCCGAAAUUAUCCGCGGAGAUAAGUUCAUCCCAAUAUUUCCAGGAGAAGACACUGUCAUCCUCGGGGGGAAGUCGUACGUCUUCGACCAGGUGUUCCCCACGAACACGUCCCAGGAACAGGUCUACAACGCCUGUGCCAAGCAGAUUGUCAGAGAUGUACUGGGUGGAUACAAUGGGACUAUCUUUGCCUAUGGGCAGACUUCCUCGGGAAAGACGCACACCAUGGAGGGGAACCUUCAUGAUCCCCAGGGAAUGGGAAUCAUCCCCCGGAUCGCUGAGGACAUUUUUGAACACAUAUUUGCCAUGGAUGAGAACCUAGAAUUCCAUAUAAAGGUAUCCUACUUUGAGAUCUACAUGGAUAAAAUCCGGGACCUGCUGGAUGUGACAAAAAACAACCUUUCAGUGCACGAAGACAAAUACAGAGUUCCCUAUGUGAAGGGCUGCACCGAGCGCUUUGUCACGAGUCCUGAGGAAGUGAUGGAUGUCAUAGAUCAGGGAAAGGCCAACCGUCACGUUGCUGUCACCAACAUGAAUGAGCACAGUUCCCGCAGUCAUAGCAUCUUCCUGAUAAACAUCAAACAGGAGCACGUGGAGACGGAGCAGAAGCUGAUUGGGAAGCUGUACCUGGUUGACCUAGCUGGUAGUGAGAAGGUCAGUAAGACAGGGGCAGAGGGAGCGGUGCUGGAUGAGGCCAAGAACAUCAACAAGUCUCUGUCGGCCCUGGGGAACGUCAUCUCAGCCUUGGCCGAGGGAACGAAAUCCCACGUGCCGUACCGUGACAGCAAAAUGACUCGCAUCCUGCAGGACUCGCUGGGCGGGAACUGUCGCACCACCAUGUUCAUCUGUUGCUCUCCCUCCAGCUACAACGACGCGGAGACCAAAUCCACCUUGAUGUUUGGCCAACGAGCCAAGACCAUCAGAAAUACUGUAUCUGUGAACCUGGAGCUCACAGCAGAGCAGUGGAAGAAGAAAUAUGAAAAGGAGAAGGAGAAGAACAGAUCAAUGAAGGAGACCAUUCAGAGGCUUGAGGCUGAGCUGAACCGCUGGAGGGACGGCGAGAAUGUGUUGGGGCAGUUGGGUGAGGAAUCUAAGGAUGUUCCCCCGGUGGCUCCAGAAUCUGAGGAGCCAAUUCUUGACAUCUGCAGCCCCUGCAGCCCCUGCUCCAUUGCAUCCUCCAUUGUGGUUCACAUCUCUGAGGAGGAGCGGCAGAAAUAUGAGGAGGAGAUCCGCAGGCUUUACAAACAGCUGGAUGAUAAGGAUGAUGAGAUCAACCACCAGAGCCAGAUGGUGGAGAAGCUGAAGGAGCAGAUGCUCGACCAGGAGGAGCUUCUUGCGUCAUCCAGGGGUGACAGUGAGAAGGUGCAGUCGGAGCUCGGCAGGCUGCAGACGGAGAAUGAGUCGGCUAAGGUGGAGGUGAAGGAGGUCCUGCAGGCCCUGGAGGAGCUUGCUGUGAACUACGACCAGAAGAGCCUGGAGGUCGAGGAGAAGAGCAUGCAGAACAAGCUCCUGGCUGAAGAGCUCACAAAGAAAAUGGGUCACCUGAUGGCUUUAGAGGCAGAGCUGUCCCGUAUCCAAGAAGUGAGCAGCCACCAGAGGAAACGCAUCGCUGAGAUUCUCAACGGGCUCAUGAGGGACCUGAGCGAGUUCAGCACCAUCGUUGGAAACAAGGACAUCAAGCUGCCCAUGGAGAUCACCGGCGUGAUCGAGGAGGAGUUCACCGUGGCUCGCCUCUACAUCAGUAAGUUGAAGUCUGAGGUGAAGUCCAUGGUGAAGCGCUGCCGCCACCUGGAGAACCUUCAGAUGGAGUGUCACCGCAAGAUGGAGGAGACAGGAAGAGAGCUGUCCUCGUGUCACCUUCUCAUUUCACAGCAUGGGGCAAAGAUCCGCUCUCUAACGGAGUACAUGCAGAACAUGGAGCUGAAGAAGAGGCAGCUGGAGGACAGCUACGACUCUCUGAGCGAGGAGCUGGCCAAACUCCAAGCUCAAGAGAGCAUGUCACAGAUGACCAGGGGGGAGGAUCAAACGUCUGUCCAGGCUUGCUGUGACAUAAAGAGGGUUCUGGAGCAGCAGAUGGAGACGCACCGCGAAGCGCACUGCAAACAGCUUGGCCACCUGCGAGAUGAGAUCAAUGAGAAACAAAAGAUCAUUGACGACUUAACUGACUGUAACCAGCAGCAGGAGCUGGAGCUGGAGCAACUGCACGAUGACUUUGAACGUCUUCGGCGCCAAGAACAUCACAAGAGCCGGCAGCUGGAGGAACUGACGUUUCUCCACGAGCGACAUGAGCAGUCAAAGCAGGACCUCAAAGGGCUGGAGGAGACUGUCGCCCAUGAGCUCCACACCCUGCACAACCUCCGCAAGCUUUUUGUCCAAGACCUCACGACUCGCGUUAGAAAAAGUGCCGGGAUGCAGGCCGAUGACACUGGGGGAUACGUCACCCAGAGACAGAAGAUUUCCUUUCUUGAAAACAACCUGGACCAGCUUACAAAAGUUCACAAACAGCUGGUGCGUGACAACGCAGAUCUUCGCUGUGAGCUGCCGAAACUGGAGAAACGUCUUCGGUCUACAGCCGAGCGUGUUAAGGCGCUGGAGGGUGCGCUGAAGGAGGCGAAGGAGGGAGCCAUGAAGGACCGCUGCCGCUACCAGCAGGAAGUGGAGCGGAUAAAGGAUGUGAUGAGGGUCCGCAAUCCCUUCCGCCGGCCCCAUGCUGCACAGAUAGCCAAGCCGGUGCGUCCCGGCCACUACCCAUCCUGCUCUCCCACCAACCCUUUCUUCAUCCGAGGCUACAGCGAUCCCCCCGUUGCCUUCAACAACGCAGUUUUCCACAACAGCAACAACCAACAGUCAGCGGCUUCCGCUGCUCCUGCAGCACCAAAGUGUGAGCCCCGGUUACCCGAGGCCAACUCCAACCAGAACAGCCCCGUCAAACACCACGACUCCCGAAACAAUGACUCAGGCGACAACGACGCUCAGAACAACAUACUUCCAGCUGAACCAGCGAGCCAAGCAGACAGCAAUACUGCAGAGAGGCUGGAUUCAGAAAACGGAAACACCACUGAUAUCAAUGACAACAGCAUGAGUCUGAAUGUGAAUUCUGUGUCCAGAGCAGACGUCUGUGACAAUCAGGACCCAGCCAAACUCUACAGCCAGCAGCUGGAGGCCUCGGCCAGCUAAUAGUCCUCAGCAGGCAGACGUUUUUUUCUGAAGCCUCCUCUGUAAAUCUGCAUGCAGCCAAUCACAGUCCUCGCAGACCCCCCCUUCCUCUCCAAUCCUCACCCGCUAUAAACAAACCUCUAUCUCCUGUGUCCCCUUUCCUCCCCCUGCUUGCUCACAUUCUCCUUCCUGUACUCUGAUGGGUAUGUGGGUAUCAGUCUGGCAAACACUGCAUCUCAGAAUCCUGACCUGGCAGCUUACGCCCACACUGCUGCUGCACCCACUCCCCCCAUGACUUGGAACACAAAGGGACUUCAAAUAGAAAGGUAGGGGAGGGAAGGUGCAGUGCCGUGGGUAACCACUGGGCAGUGCUGUUUGUCUCAGUGGUGUGCUCACAAUGGACUUCAAAGCUGUACAUCAAACUCAAACUAGUCUUUAUAACAAUUGCUAAACAUGAGUACCGAUCAGAAGAUUCCAAGUGAAACUGUUUUAAACUACGUGAAAACAGUGUGAACCUCAGUUUCUCUUUGCUAAUAUUUAUACUUUUGACUAUGCAUGUUGAUGUUGGUUCUGCAGCUUUUCUUGGAAAGCGCACGAGAGGAGAAGACGAAAGCUAGUGAAGCAACAUUGUUAUGAAAUGAUUCCGUCUCUUCACGGGUACAAAAGAGUAUGUGUGAGUCAGAGCAAAGGGGAUAUACACCCUUAAAACGUGAAUAUUCUGUAUGUUGAUCUGUCAACAAAUUCCAUGCAAAGACCAAAGAAAAUCAACAACACAUUACCCUGACUUCACCAGCCUGACUGUGGCUCCCAACCCUGAGCCUGUUUGUUUGCACUGAGGACAUAAAUAUUGAACAACAAGCCAAGACUAUAUAGGUUCCUUUUAAAAAAUGGAUUGGGACUGUAGUUUUUUGCAAACAUUACUCAAACUAAAUAGUAAAAUAUUGCUUUUGUGAAGGACAGUUUUCAGGAAAGGAUUGAGGUUUACAGUGGCAGCACGUGUGAUUAUGUGGGACUGAAUGAAAAUAAUCUGCAGAAUAAACUCUCAUUGUAAUGUACAUUUCAUCCAGUGCAACAGUGUGGCUCAAUAAUAAUAGUAUUAGUUACUAUACUCAUUAGAUUUUGGACAAAUGCAAGCAGUUCUUGUGAGCAAGGUCAAAUCCAUCAUUGGUUUUGGUCUUAACAUGAAAUUUGUUGCACACAUGUAAAAUAUAGAAUAUCCCCAGACUUUUGAAAAAGGUUGGCAGGUUCAGUCCAAACAGAAAGCUGUACUGCAAACUUGAAAUGUCUGCCCUUUACCAAAAUAUAUCAGGAAAGUUACUAUACGAAUAGUAACAAUAUAGUGUCAAAUGUAAGUUACUGUUGCCACACAGGUAAACUAACACACACAGAUUGUACAACACACAAUGAACUAAAAUACUAGAGCCUGACUGAUAUUUGUGGGUCCAUUCGGCCUGUAUGAGCCUUUCGCAGACAUAUCGGUAUCUUUAUGAUUAAACUGUUAAAUAUCAAGUCUCAAUAACAUUUCUUUGUCAUAAGGGUUUGAUAACAACAUUAUCAGAUUCCGAAAUUUGUUAUUGGCAUCAACCUGCAAAAUUCCGUAUCAGUCGGGCUCUAUAAAAUACAUACACACACAAACACACACUUGAGCUUUGUUACUCAAAUUAAGACUACAUGACUUCACAACUCUUUUGUAUGUCGGUACCUUUGCAGGAUAUUUCAGAUACUUGAUUCCAUAUUAUAACAUUUUCACUAAUUAGAUUAAGAGGAACAGUAAAAUGAAUAACCUUUUGAGUCUUGAUGUGUCAGCUUGUACUGAUACUGGCUCUCUCUCACCAAGCACAGGAAGAACCUCAUUGCCAAUGAAGAAGUUGGUUAGAGCAUUGCUUAAAAUAAAAUACUAAAAUAUUCAGUGGUUUAGAUCGUCGGCGACGGCAUGUCUGACUUUUGUUACAAAUCACUUGCUUUAACUAGUAUGAAUAGCAUCUCCAUCUAAACCACAAGUAAAGACACAAGAACAUGCUAAUUCUGAUCUUUACUUGUAAGCUCUCAUUAUCGGUUUAAAACUGGGGAUCCUCUGUGAGACGUUCAGUCAUUGUCUUUUCAUCCAAGAGCAUGGCAGAGUUGGAAAAAAAGAACUGUGUAGCAACUAUUUUUAUACUACUAGCUCUAGUUUAAAAGAAAUAUGAUAUAUAUUAUUUAUCAUUUGCUCUAUUUCAAGUGUUAUUUAUUUGCUACUUUUACUUUUAAUUCAUGGCAGACAGUGUGAAGCGUUUGUAUUUGUUUUUGAUGUGUAAAUAUGUGUUUGUGAAGUGUAUUUCUUGUACUGCAGAAUGCAGAAGCGUGUUGUCAUUGAAGGGAAAUAGUGCACAUGUGCAGCUGCUGUUCCAAAAUUAUUAUUAUAAUUUUUGGGGGGGGAUAUGAUUGAUCCUGCAGUUCUUAUGAACCACCUCAGACUGAAACUAAAGCCCUGAUUGUGGAGAAUCCUUUAAAGAGGACAAUGCCCUUUAAUAACCUAUGUGCUGCCUGGAGACAUGAACCAAGGGUUACUGUCGGUUAUCAAGACAUGAUUCAGCUUCGUCUUAUCUCUCUGACACACACAUACACACACUCAGGUGUAGAGCCUCAUCAACUAGUGUAUCUGACCUUUGACUUCAAAAUACAGUUAUUCGUCCUGUAUUACUUGGGUGCAGUCAGUUAUUUGAGCAGAUAAAGAUUUGAUUGACUGUCUCCUGACAUUCUGCCUAUUAUCCGUGGACCUCCUGAUCAACCAGUCAGGAUGAGAUAGUCAAGGGUGUCAGUGAAGGGACUGUGUGUGUGUGUGUGUGUGUGUGUGUGUGUGUGUGUGUGUGUGUGUGAGUGUGUGUGUCUGUGUGUGUGUGUGUGUGUGUGUGUGUGUGUGUGUGUGUGAGGGAGAGAGAGAGAGAGAGGGACAGAGAGAGCGAACACGAGAUGUCUCUUACCAUUUGACUUUAAACAAAACAGACCAGUAUUGCUAUAGAUACAAUUUGCAAAUGACGGGGGGGAGGGGGGUACAAAUUUGUUUUGAGGGACCUAGAAAUAAAUUAAAUCACUGGGUAAAAAAAUCAGUUCAUUUAUUAAAUAUUCACAAAGUACAUAUAAGGGGACCAACAGGUGUAGCCUAAAUUCCCUUAAAUAAAAGCUAUGUCAUAAAUAUAAUAUAUAUAUAGAUGUUGAUUGUGCAAAUACCUGAAAGAGGGAGUAGCUCACCACACUGCACUUUAUACUGUAUAUUACGUUUCUUCCAUUUAAUUUCCCAAAGUAUAUUUUGUAUUUGAUUUUUUUUACAUAAAUAAUACCAUAUCUAAUACAGUUGCAAUAUUGGCACUGUAGACAAUAGACACUUUUUUCUUAUUUUGUCUGUAUUGUUACUGAAAAACAUUAAUGAACCCUUUAUUUUUAUGAAAUUGAAACAAAGAUGAUUGUAGAAACCCUUUUUUAAUAUGUAAUUGAAAAGAUACUGUCCCUCUUAAAUCUAAAAUUGUUAUCCCCUGAUACUGUCACAUGUACUGUAGUUACCCAAGUGUAUGUACAGUGUAAAGUACAGUACAUACACGUGGGUUGGGCUAAAAUUUUUAGGCGUUAACAAACAGAUCCUCUGUUCUGAUUAUAUUGAGGCUUAUUAGAAAUGCAUGGAGCACUUUAUCAUAUUAUUUUCUUGCUUUCCUUUUUUUGUUCCAAUCUUUUCUCUGACAAUCUGCUUCUGUUUGACUUUCAAAGGGUAAAAAAGAGGGUCAUCUUUGUCAUUGAAGUGUGUUUGAAUUACACAUAAAAACCAUGACUUGAAUGUGAAAAGAUUUUUUUUUCCUCCAGUGAAAACCUCAAAGAAACAACUAUUCUCCCGUCAUGCGUUUUGGUUGUAUACUGUCAAUGUUUGAAUGACUGAGUGUUGAAUUUUUAAUUUCAGUCUAACUGUUCUGUUUGUCUUAAAUUGUAACCAAUCUAAAAAAAAUAUUCGGGCAAGGUCAAUAAUGUGUGAUGCUGUAGCCUAAAUAUGCAUAAAAGACACAAAUGGUACCAUGGUUUAAAAAAAAAAAAGACAGGCAAAGUGUCUGUGUUUGUAUGUGCGUUGGUUGGUUUCAAAUGUGUGAUCUAGUGCAUGCAGUACUCUCCUGUAGCUGCUGAGAAACAGUACUGUUAUCUCAAAAGAAAAAACUUUCAAUAAAGGUGAAACUGUGUACAUAUCAUGAUGA